AUGUCAACUCUGAAUAGACCACUGGAUAUAAAUAUUACCGGUAAUCCUAUAAAAUGUACGGAUAUAACACCUAUACGACUGUCUAUAGACGAGUCUCAGUAUUGUAUGACAUUAUUCUCGCAAAUGGACGGCCAGUUGCCGGACGAUAGGUAUCGGAUACGAAUCAAUUACGCCCCACACAAAAAUAAUGGACAACAAGAUCUAGUAAGCAUUGGGGGUAUGUAUGUAUAUGGCUGGGUAACUUUGCAUCUGCAUCCCAGGCACCGGGCAAUAUCGCAAUCAUCACAGAUAGGCAAUAAAUAUAUUAAUAAUAAAUACGCUAACGUUAUACUCGAGUACCAGAAAAUGGUUGUCCAACAGUUGCCGGCGCCGUACGGGUCCGGGUGUGUUGACUACACGGCUCGCGGUCUGGGCUCGCAAUACAAGUGUCGGGCGAACUGUCUUUUAAAUCGCUUGUCGGCCGCAAACCAGUCAUUGCCCGACAAUUAUCUCGUUUACGAUCGGAAUCUGAGACAGGGUUUUGGCGGCGAUAUUAACAAACAAACGGCCAAUUGCUUAGAGAUUUGCGAUCGUAAUCCUGAUUGUUACCAGGAGUAUUAUCCAAUUGUACACAAACAACAAUAUCACCCAUGGUCGUCUAACGAGUCUAGUAGUAAGUCGUUUGAGUAUAGGUAUCUUAAUUUAUGGUUUGCGACGCCAUCCCUACCGGUGCUCACGUAUAGUCAAACACCGAAAGUCCGCCCCACACACGAGGAGAGAGUGAUGCGAUCAGCACCGCAACAUUCUCUCCCCUCAGAACUCUCUGUUGACCAAUUUAAAUCAUUGCUUAAACCGGAAGUUAUAUACGCCGACUGUGCGCUCAAUAGACCGGUGGCUAUAAAUACUACCGGCGAUCGUAUCCAAUGCCCGAACAUAACACCCAUACGACAGUCGAUAGACGGCUCUAACUAUUGUAUGACAUUAUUCUCGCAAAUGGACAAUAAAUUGUCGGACGAUAGGUAUCGGAUACACGGCUCUAACUAUUGUAUGACAUUAUUCUCGCAAAUGGACAAUAAAUUGUCGGACGAUAGGUAUCGGAUACGUAAUAAUUAUGCCACACACAAACAUGGUAAUCAACAAAGACAUCUAUUGCGCAUAUCGGAUAUGAAGAUAUAUCGCGGGUUAAAUUUGCACAUGCACCCCAGGCACCGGGCAAUAUCGCAAUCGUCACAGAUUGGCCAUAAAUAUAUUGAUGAUAAAUACGCUUACGUUCAGCUCGAGUACCAGAAAAUGGUUGUCCAACAGUUGCCGGCGCCGUACGGGUCCGGGUGUGUCGACUACACUGCCCGCGGUCUGGGCUCGCAAUACGAGUGUCGGGCAAAGUGUCUGUUGGAUCGCUUGUCGGCCGCAAACCAGUCAUUGCCCGACAAUUAUCUCGUUUACGACCGGAAUCUGAGACUGAGUUUUGGCGGCGAUAUUGACAAACAAACGGCCGAUUGCUUAGAUGUUUGCGAUCGUAAUCCCGAUUGUUACCAAGAGUAUUAUCAUAUUGUACACGAACUACAACUUGACCAAUGGUCAUCUAACGCGUCGAUUUACAACAGGUUUAUUAGCUUGUGGUUUGCGAUGCCAUCCCUACCGGUGCUAACGUAUAGACAAACACCAAAACCUAAUUAUAUAAUCCGUACGAUUCGAUCGACUGAUUUCGAUGAAGUGCGCGAAAUGUGGAAUAUUAUGGACUUUUUAGUAAUUAAAUACGCGAACGAAAUCAUGUUUACAACGGAUCCGGAGGGCAUACUUGUGGCCGAAGACACCGAUUCCGGUUACUGUUCAUUUGUUAAUGUGUCCAACGAUCUCGCAUUUAUUGGCGGAUAUUGUGUGCGUCCGGAAUAUCGCGGACACGGAAUUGGGCAAAAUAUAUUUAAUAAAGGUAUGGCACAUACGGGUGGCAGAAAUGUUGGUCUCUUUGCCUUUAGUCAAAAAAUAUUUGAGAUAUACAGGGAUUGCCAUCACUUCACUUGUAUUCCCGACAGACGUCUCUGUCAUAUAAGAGGACAACUGACCAUAAAUAAGGACAUGAUUGAUACAAUUGAUGGCAUCACCUUGGUGGCAAUAAAUAAUGACACUCUACCGAGUGUGAUCGAAUACGAUAGAGACCUGUGCGGUAUGGAUAGAGGUGUUUACAUCGAUGGUCUAUCAAAAUGUCCGGAAAGCAUACAUUUGGUGGCAAUCGACGAGAGAAAUCAAGUGCUGGGCUAUUGUCUAGUUGUGAACACCAGUAUUGGUGUGACAGUCGUUGAGCCCCUGUAUGCGGACAACGCAGAAAUCGCUGAAUUAUUGGUCAACAAAUGUUGUCAACAAUUGCCUGAGAGUCGGCGCAAAGAUGUGAAUUACAAGUGUUGGCACUUUAAUCGCGAAUCCAAAGCAAUCGCAACUAAAUUGGGUUUAAUUGAAGUGAAGAAACAGAUGACGGCUUUCACUGCGAAGAUAAUCACCGGACGGUUAGAGAAAAUAACUAAUAAUGAGUGA